GGUCAGACAUGCGAAUCCGUACGGAAAGCGGAAAAUGUGCUUGCAGCACUUAGGAAAAGUAGCCUACAACUCUCCGCCGCACACUCUGCCAGCGCAGCUCUGAGUGAAUCGCGUGUCUCACACACAGCUCUCGUUACUGGAGUGGUUAAGCUCCUGGAGGAUGAGAGUGAACGGUCGCGGUACUUUGCAAACGAGCGCUGCCGGUAAACGGUACGGUUGACUGAGGUUGUUUUUGCCGGAAUCUCAGAGCGUCACUACCACAGCUUUAUCUACAUGUGGCGGCUUUCACAUCAACGCAGCAUUUCUCUUUAAAAGGGUACGGGAGAGCAGGAACAAAAUACCUCACUGGGAACAUGGGCCAAUCUGGGACUUCAUCCUGUUUUUCUCUCGCUCUAAAACUCAGCAUCUUCCUCUUAGUUUUCUCUUUUGAGCUCACGCCAGCCACUGCGGGCAGCUCCAAAUCAAGCUUAGAUGUAGAUACUUCUCCUAACGAAAACUCUUCACACGAGACAUGUGGUGGUAGUUUUGAGUGCAAAGAGGGAGUGAUCCUGCCAAUUUGGACGCCGGAGAACCCCUCCUUUGGGGAUAAGCUGGCCAGAGCCACUGUGUACUUUGUCGGUUUGUUCUACAUGUUCCUGGGGGUAUCCAUCGUUGCAGACCGCUUUAUGGCUUCCAUUGAGGUCAUCACAUCCCAGGAGAAAGAGAUCACCAUCAAGAAGCCUAAUGGGGAAACCACAACCACUACUGUUCGUAUUUGGAAUGAAACUGUCUCGAAUCUUACACUCAUGGCUCUGGGUUCCUCAGCCCCUGAGAUUCUGCUCUCCGUGGUUGAAGUAUGUGGGCACAACUUUAACGCAGGCGAGCUGGGCCCAAACACCAUUGUUGGAAGCGCAGCUUUUAAUAUGUUUGUCAUCAUCGGUCUCUGUGUCUCUGUGAUACCAGAAGGAGAGCAUCGGAAGGUCAAGCACCUUCGGGUGUUCUUUGUCACUGCCACUUGGAGUAUAUUUGCAUAUACGUGGCUUUAUCUGAUCUUGGCAGUGAUUUCCCCAGGUAUCGUGGAAGUCUGGGAGGGACUCCUUACUCUCUUCUUCUUUCCGAUUUGUGUCAUAUUUGCUUGGGUUGCAGACCGCAGACUUUUAUUCUACAAGUACGUGUACAAACGUUACAGAGUCGGAAAACAAAGGGGAAUUAUCAUUGAGACUGAAGGUGAGCCGGAGCACCAGUCAAAGGCAGAUAUCGAAAUGGACGGCGGGAUGCUUAACUCUCACGGCGAGGAAUUCUUUGAUGGCAUGGUGGAUACUGAAGAUAAAGACACAGACGAGGAUGAGGGAAGAAGAGAAAUGGCCAGGAUUUUGAAGGAAAUGAAACAGAAACAUCCAGAGAAAGAGAUGGAGCAGCUGGUUGAGCUCGCCAACUACCACGUCCUCAGCCAGCAACAGAAGAGUCGUGCGUUCUAUCGCUGCCAGGCCACUAGACUUAUGACUGGUGCGGGUAACAUUCUAAAAAAGCAUGCUGCAGACCAAGCCAGAAAAGCACUUGGCAACCAUGAACUUCGAUCAGAAGUCUCCGAUAAUGAUAUUUCCUCCAAGAUCUUCUUUGACCCUGGCACAUAUCAGUGUCUUGAGAACUGUGGGACUGUGGCUUUGAAUGUGGUACGACGCGGCGGUGACUUAACUACUACUGUGUCGGUGGAGUACCGCACUGAGGACGGUACUGCCAACGCAGGAUCUGAUUACCAGUUCACCGAGGGUGUUAUAGUCUUCAAACCAGGUGAGACCGAAAAGGAGAUAAGAGUGGACAUCAUCGACGAUGACAUUUUUGAAGAAGACGAGCACUUCCUGGUUCAUCUUAGCAACGUCAAGGUCAUUUCUGAAGGAACUGACAAUGGGAAUGCAGGGGCCAAUCAUGUGGACACAUUAGCUAGCCUUGGCCUUCCUUCAACAGCUAUUGUGACUAUCUUUGAUGAUGACCAUGCUGGCAUCUUCACAUUUGAGGAACCAGUGGUUCAUAUCAGUGAAAGCAUUGGCAUGAUGGAGGUGAAGGUGGCACGUACCUCUGGAGCCCGUGGAGUAGUGGUAAUCCCUUAUAAAACCAUUGAAGGCACAGCAAAAGGUGGUGGAGAGGACUUUGAAGACACCCAUGGAGUCUUGGAGUUCCAGAAUGAUGAGAUUUCCAAAACUAUUCAGAUCAAUGUAAUCGAUGACGAGGAGUAUGAAAAGAAUAAGAACUUCUUCCUGGAGAUUGGAGAGCCACAAUUGGUGGAAAUGAGUGAGAGAAAAGCUAUGUUGCUGCAUGAAUGUGGUGGAUUCGUGAAGACAGAUAAAAAGCUUUAUGGCGGGGAUGUGUACCGGAAAGUGCAGGGUAGAGACAAACCAAUCCCCUCCACCAUUAUCAGCAUCACAGAGGACGGGGAAGAGGAGACCCUGACUAAAAAAGAGAAGGAUGAGAGGCGUAUUGCUGAAAUGGGUCGCCCGACACUGGGUGAACAUGUGAAACUUGAAGUAAUCAUUGAGGAGUCCUAUGAGUUUAAGAGCACAGUCGACAAACUCAUAAAGAAAACCAACUUGGCCCUUUUGGUUGGUACUAACAGCUGGAGAGACCAGUUUGUCGAGGCCAUCACUGUCAGCUCAGGGGAAGAUGAUGAUGAGUGUGGGGAAGAAAAGAUGCCAUCUUGCUUUGACUACGUCAUGCACUUCCUGACUGUGUUCUGGAAGGUUCUGUUUGCGUUCGUGCCGCCCACUGAUUACUGGAAUGGCUGGGCAUGUUUCAUUGUGUCAAUCGUCAUGAUUGGUGUCCUCACCGCGUUCAUUGGAGACCUGGCAUCCCAUUUUGGAUGCACUAUUGGCCUGAAAGACUCUGUAACUGCGGUUGUGUUUGUGGCGCUAGGAACCUCUGUGCCAGACACAUUCGCUAGUAAAGUGUCAGCCACCCAGGAUCAGUACGCUGACGCCUCCAUCGGCAAUGUGACGGGCAGCAACGCUGUGAACGUCUUUCUGGGCAUCGGAGUGGCCUGGUCCAUCGCUGCCAUAUUUCACCAGUCCCAAGGCGAGUACUUCCGCGUGGACCCCGGCACGCUGGCGUUCUCCGUCACUCUGUUCACCAUCUUUGCCUUCAUCUGUAUCGCCGUCCUCAUGUACCGCCGCCGGCCCGAGAUCGGAGGGGAACUGGGUGGCCCGCAGACUCCCAAAAUCCUCACCACAACAUUGUUUUUCAGUCUCUGGCUGAUGUACAUCAUCUUGUCCUCCAUGGAGGCCUAUUGCAUUAUCAAGGGUUUCUAAAUAAGGCAGGAGAUGAUGCCUCCGACAGGAUGCCGUCGUUAAAAUCCUCAUAAAUAGGACUGACAGGAGGAAAGGGUUCAAAAGACAGCCGUAGAGGAUCACAGGUGUUUUAUGUGUUGUCCAUUAUGUUUUAUGUGCGUGAAUACAUGUUUUUUCUGCUGUUGAGCUAAAGCUUUUUUUUCUGUUUUACAUAUUUUUAAGCUGUAAAGAUUUCAGCAAAAUAAUCGUUAUUGGAAAUGUUAUUGAUUUGGUUGGCUGAUACUGAGCUUUAGACUGAAAUCUGAAAUCUGUAAUAUGACAAAACAGCAGAUUUGAUUCGAUUCAAAUGACAACAUUUUUUUUGGUACAAAAAUGAAUGACCUUUGAAAAACAUUUUGUUCCUCUGGUCACAUAAUACUUUAAAGAUCACUGUCAUUUUAAAUCUCAUUCAUAUACUUGAAACAUUUUGCAGGAGAGGAAUGUUCACCAAGCAGAAAUUGUAGCGUAAAUGAACACACAAUCUGUGGUUAAAGAUUUUUGAACCUACAAAACGGGUGUUUCUAAACGACGAACGGCGUCGUGAGACUUCAGAUUUUAGCCCAUUAAAGUGUAGAUUUGUGAGCAUUUUAAGCUUUUAUUUGGGAUUUACACAGUUCAGUGUAUUCAGUGUUUUCAAGUAACCUAAAACCAACCCUAAGCUUAAAGGAAAAUGCUGUGCUACCUUCCAGCCUGGUUCUGUGGGACACUGACUCUUAGCUCAACUCCACAGACGUUCUAUAGAAGCCAUUUGCUGAGGAUAGUCAAAAGUAAUAUUAAAUGUAUUGCAAUGUGAUUUGUGUGUUUGUCCAAACUUGUAUGUUUUUUUUUUUGUUUUGUUUUUUUCUUCAUGGACUCUGAGGUUUCCAUAUGUUUCUAGUUCAGGUACCAGUAGUGUUAGCACAUAUAAUCAAAUCUUAUGUCUGUCUCAGCAUUUAGACAAAAAGAUUUAUGAAAAAAUGUUUUGACAUUGUACAAAAGCAAGUUCAGAAUUCAUUGUUUUUAUUCUUUUAUUACUACCAUAUGAGAAAUGCAUGUUAUCUCUCCUAUAUUUUUGCGACUUCUUCCCUUUAUGAAGAAAAGACUGUAUUUUUGAAGAUUUCACAAAGAACAACACACGUGUAUGAAAGAAAGUCAACUGUGACACUGGGAAACUAAUCUUAUUGUAUAUAGUGUUCAGUCUUCAAAUAGAAAAUUCAGGAUAUUUCACUAUUUUUACCCAUUUGAGGACACGAGCACACUGGUAGAAGAUUUGUUUCCUUUAUUUUCACUCAUUUUUGGUCAGGACAUAUCAUUGUCCACACACGGGUGAUGGCACUGUGUAUCUACUCCAGCACGGGUCACUCGGUCCCCAGCCUCAUUUACAGUACAUUUUACAGAUACAUUGAAGUAGUUUUCCCUCGCUUGUGCGAGUGCUCAGUACAUGUAAGUUUCAUUUUGAUUAAUGUCAUCUGUACGAUAAUACAUCCUUUUUAUUUAUAAGAUUGUUUCAACAAUUGGAUUUUGUCUUUUUUUUGUUUUUGUUUUGUGUGGCACACUCAACAGAAGGGUAUGCACAAUAUAUUAUUGCCGUGUGUGGCCCCCACUUCCCUACCACAACAACAUAUAAGUUUAGAACCUUAUUAAAAAAAAAAAAAAAAGAAAAAAAAAAAA